GCAGGGCCUAUCAGGCCGACCAGAACUUUAUCAGAAGUCCAACAGAAGUAGCCACUCCAGUGACACCAGUUCUGCAUAUAGUGGUUCAGACACAAUGACUUCUGUACAGAGUUCGCUGGAUGCGGAUGCUGAUGAUGUUGAUCUAUCUGGUCUUGUUGAGUCUGUGGUGGAUAGCGAUGAGGAAGAAGACCUUGCAGAGAGUAUGGACAGCUUAACUGUUCGAGAUACAGUACGGGAGUGUUUAGAGAAAGACCCAGCAGAACGGACAGAAGAUGAUAUUGAGGUCUUGCUUGAGUUCACUCAGCAUCUCAAGGCUUUCACAAAUAUGACCCUGGCAGUGAGGCGAGCACUGUGCGCAGUAAUGGUUUUUGCAGUGGUCGAACGUGCUGGUAUGAUUGUCCUCACAGAUGGAGAAGAGUUGGACAGUUGGAGUGUUCUGAUCAAUGGAACCGUUGAAGUUGAAUACAACAAUGGAGAAGUUGAACAGCUGCAUGUUGGUGACAGUUUUGGCAUCCUACCUACCAUGGAAAGGCUGCUUCACCGCGGUAUUAUGCGAACAAAGUGCGAUGACUGCCAAUUCGUCUGCGUCACUCAAGCUGACUACUACAGAAUCCAGCACCAGGGUGAAGAAAAUACGAGGCGGCACGAAGAAAACGGACAUGUUAUUCUUGUGACUGAGCUUCGUGGUUCGUUAGAAGGUGGGGUACGACGCGGUCACGUUGUGAUCAGAGGCACACCAGAACGUCUUAUGCUGCAGUUGAUAGAGGAAAACAGUAUUACCGACCCGACUUACGUCGAGGAUUUCUUGCUAACUCACAGGACAUUCGUUGAUAAUCCAUUACAUGUUGCUUCGCAAUUACUCGAGUGGUUCGAGCAAGCUCACGUCAGGGACAGAGUGGCCAGAGUGGUUUUGCUCUGGGUCAACAAUCAUUUCACGGACUUCGAGACAGAUCCUGCAAUGAUGGAAUUUCUUGAAGCUUUUGAGAUGUGCUUGGAGAGAGAAAAGAUGCAAGGUCAACAAAGAUUAUUGAACAUCGCAUGCUCGGCCAAGGCGAGACCGCGAACAGUUGUAUUGACGCGACCGAGUAGAGACGAAGUUUUACACUUCAGUAUUUUGGGUGGUUACGAAAAGAGAUACGGUAUAUUCAUCUCGAAGGUCGAGAAGAAAUCUAAAGCCGAGGAUGUAGGUCUGAAACGCGGCGACCACAUUCUCGAGGUUAAUGGACAGAGUUUCGAGCACGUCAGUCACGCGAAAGCCUUAGAAAUUCUCAGGGGCUCGACGCAUCUUAGUAUUACUGUCAAAUCCAAUCUUUUAGAUUUCAAAGAGAUGUUGCAAGUACCGGACAACUCUCCACGAGCGCGUAACCGACCAAACAAACCCGAAAUACUUCCGAGAUUGCAGACUGAUCCGCGAAUAAGGUUAUCGACUCAUGUCGAUCCAUUGACACCUGUUAAUGCUCUGAAUCCGAUGGUUGGAGGUGUGCCACUACUUAUGUCUAGCACCGACAGUAGCAACACGUCUCCUUGUAAAGACUCUAAAAAAGAGCACAAAGGCUUCAUGACACUUGGACCAAGAAAGAGGUUCCAGAAAGCUCUCAUGAAAAUGAAUAUUUUGCCAAAGAAUUUGAUCAAUGAUGGAGUGCAUGCAGACGAUCCGCUUGGUCCACCACAUACGCCUCCCGGCACAGGUUUGGCCCAGCAGAAUUCUAACCUCUAUCAUUCUCGCUCGAAUCCCGACCUGACAACUCUCUAUUGCUAUGAUGACUUGCGAGCGGCUGACUAUCCUGAACACGUACUCAAAGUAUAUAAAGCCGAUCAAACUUGCAAGUAUCUUCUCGUGCAUAAAGAGACGACAGCGCACGAGGUAGUGAUGCUUGCUCUUCAAGAGUUUGGUAUCACUGAGAGUAGCUCUAACUUCUCUCUUGCGGAAGUGAGUGUUGGCGAAGGUGGCAUGAUCAAGCAAAGGCGGUUACCCGAUCAAUUACAGAAUUUAGCCGAACGUAUUGGACUGAGCUCAAGAUAUUAUCUCAAGACCAACGGUGUUUCAGAAACUUUGGUCGCGGAUGAACAAGCUCCUGAGCUUGUUAGAGAAUCGCAGGUUCAUUUCUUGCAAUUAAAUGCGGUUGAAGUGGCUUUCCAAUUGACUCUUCAGGACUUUAGUAUAUUUAGGCAAAUUGAAUCGACGGAAUAUGUUGACGAUCUAUUCGAGCUAAAAAGCAAAUAUGGCGUGCCAAUGCUUAGCCAGUUCGCCGAAUUAGUCAAUAGAGAAAUGUUCUGGGUUGUGACUGAAGUAUGCUCCGAGCAUAAUGUUGUCAGACGAAGUAAAAUUAUCAAACAGUUUGUCAAAAUAGCACGUCAGUGCAAGGAGUGCAAGAACUUCAACUCCAUGUUUGCAAUUAUUUCUGGAUUGGGUCAUGGCGCGGUUUCGAGACUGAGAUCUUCUUGGGAAAAGUUGUCAACCAAGUACCAGAGGUUAUUCAGUGACUUACAAGAUCUUAUGGAUCCAAGUCGAAAUAUGAGCAAAUACCGACAAUUAGUUGCCAGUGAACAAACACAGCCUCCUAUCAUUCCAUUCUAUCCUGUUGUAAAGAAAGAUCUGACGUUCAUUCAUCUUGGUAACGAUUCGAGAGUAGAAGGUUUGGUAAACUUCGAGAAACUCCGCAUGAUAGCAAAGGAAGUCCGAGCUCUAACGAAUAUGUGCUCGUCUUCGUACGACAUGGUGACCAUGCUGGAACGUGGAGGGCAGCCGCCAAGUUCUGCUAUGGUGGCUCUUAAUCAAAUGACUACUGGUGGUCAAGACGGGGAGUUUCAAACUCACGGAUCAUGGUUAUUGUACAGAUUGUGGGAGCUGUAUGCCGGUGGGCAAACUGCAACAGUGAAACGACGUAAGAAAUCUGCAGCAGCACCGAAUCCCAAGAAAAUGUUCGAAGAAGCACAGAUGGUACGUCGAGUAAAAGCUUACCUAGCGAAUAUGAAAGUGAUAACGGACGAAGAAAAACUGCAUCAACUAUCAGUGGAGUGCGAACCUCAUGUUGGUACCGUAACGAUGGCCGCGGCUGUGCCGCUGGGUGGUUCACGGGGUAGAAGACAUCCGUCACCCACGCUCUCGACUACGAGCAGUGCCAGUAGUACCAGCGAGGGAAGAAAGAGUAUUCAAGGCACGAAAUUCGGAGCCGCAUCGCCACAAGCAGUCCGUAAAAUGCUUGCGUUAUCAGAUCCACAUAAAACUCGACCAUAUCAGCCAAAACAUGCACCACCACUACCUGUGCCAGGACUGGCACUUCACUCGUCACAACUAGAAUCGAGUCCUGGGGCACCACGACGAGUUGGUUCAGGUAGUCGAGUACCAAUGCACGAACGAUCACACAGUGACACUCCAUCAGGUCUACCACCUCCAGUUGAUCUUAGCGCGGAAAGUAGCAGCGUGACGAGUUUGAGCAACCUGCAACCUCUGAGAAAAACGUUGACGAGUGGUUCGGUGACGAGCAGCGACAGCGGCCAUAGCACUCAGUUGGAUAGCCACAGCGGGAGUAGCGUCGAGGCAGGAGGUAGUCCGCCGCCACCGCAAAGACGACACUCCACUAUGCAAGGUGGAGCGAUGCCGCCGCCACCACUACCACCACCGAUGAGCCGUAUGAUACGUGGCCCAACGGAAUGUCGAAUACCACCAGACUACAAGAUAGCUGCUCAAAUGGCAAGACUCCAUCGGUUGGGUCGUGCGCAUAGCCAUGAGGGAGUGACUUAUCGUGGAACAGAGCACGAAGAUGAUGACGACGACGCGCAGGUAUCGGCUGUAUAGGACAAGCAUGCUCCGGGCAGAUGCCCGGAGCGCUCGGCGUCAUUGGCCGGCGACGUGGUGAUGGUUGGACCGAAGCCCCGACUUCACUCGUCGUUUGUGGUACGUGGCCCACGUGGACCUGUCAGACCAGUUGUUGGACCGCGACGUAGCACCCAGUUGUAAAUAAUAAAUUUUGCUUUCUGCGCCAAAAGUCCAAGACGAUCACGACGAAAUCCACCUCGUCGGAGAUACUCAAGAUAAAGAAAAGGAAAGGAAAUGUGUAAUAAAUCAAGUCCAAAGAUGUUAAAUAUGAAUUUCAGUGUUGGAGCGGCUAGAUACUGUAUAAUAUAAUUUUAGAAUUAGCCUCCCCUUCCUUCCCACUCACCGCCCUCAUAAAUUCGUAGAUACGUAAGUUGGUGUACAUAGCAAUUAGGUCUUACGUUUUAGUCGUUGUUCGUGAAUGUAUACCGUGUGCGCUCGAAGCUUUGCUUUAGCGGAUAUCGGAGUGCAGACACAUCGCGAGGAUAGAGAUUAUAGAAACGAGAAACUCGAGUUAUAAUAUUCACUUAUCCACACACACCCACUUCAAAGUUCAAACUAUUGUGUCGUCGAUACGAUUUAUAUAUAUUAUAUAUACGGAUGAAAAGGCCGAUAAAUCUCUCUAUAUAUAUACAUAUAUAUUAUAUAUAUACAUGCAAACAUCGAUAUAUAAACUAUAUAUAUUAUAUACAUAUAUAUCUCGCGACGCAGGAAAUGGCGAAUUCUAUGUAUAUUUUUUUGUUUUCGUGCACGUUAAGAAUGCUUGUGAGAAUGCGAAAGAUGAUUCACGUUGGAUAGACGUUUUUACCAGAGCCUAAUUAGAAUGUUAAUUUACCGUGAGGUGUGAGUGUCUGCAUUUGUAUGUCGACAAUGUGAAAUUGUAAAUUUUGUUUUUUUCUUUUUUAAAUGUCUUGGUGCGGUUCAGCGUGGGUUCCCCUUCUGAUGGGCUUUGAUGGAUAUAUAAGUAUAAUUACAUGUGGACAGGUAUGUGACAAAACUAAAAAAUUCGCGUAUAUUUGUAUCACAAUAGAUAUAUCAAUAUAAAUGACAGAAAAUCCCAUUUACUAUAUAUAUAUAACUCUCUCAUUGUACAUAUCGUAAAUGCGUUUUCAAUUCCGUACAAGUUAUUCAAUAUUAUUCAAGUCAAUGGUCUCGGGAAGAUAUGUUAAGUACAAUAGUUUAGUCACUUGCGUUGUCUGAGGUCGGCGAUGAUUAAAUAUUAAAUAAACUCUGAUAUGAAAGAAAUCUUAUCGACAUGAGUCGGCUAUUUGAACAAGAAAGAGGUGUGAAAUGAUUGGACGUUAACGUAACUUACGUUAAACUUGAAUCACUUUUUUCAUUGUUUACGCUACAUUGCUAUUUAUCUCCCUUAAAGUAAUAGCAAAUUGAACUCGUAUUUUAAAUAUCAUCACAAAAGAAUUUUUAAAUUAAAAUCUUAUUCAUUUUCAAUAAAAGUAUAGUAUAAAUAGUAUUUUAAUAGCAUCACAGGAGAAGCACCUGCGUCUAAUAUUUUCCGUCGACAUUCCAAAAAACGCAUUUUUAUUGUUAUUUUAUAAAAUUUUCGUUUUAAAUCUUAUUCAUCAUUCAUAACUGCAAAAGAAACUCAAUAAAAAUAUUUCUCUGGUGUUUUAUUCUCGAGACCAACUUUAUAUAUGCAACCACAAUCCUUUUCGCGAAGCAAACGCACAAGUCAUCGCAAGUAUUUCGCCGAAAAUGUUUUUUAAUCCGCAAGAAAUUUUCCAAAUCACUUUUUUCAUUGCUAAGUUGUCAAAACUAUAACGAAAAGAAACAAUUACUAAUCAACAAUGAUAAAUAUUGCUGAAAGGCUGUUGUAUUGGGUUCGUUUUCUUUGACCAUUUUUGUAAUUCGUUGCUCGUAGAUCGAGCUUAGUUUAAAAUAGAUUAUUUGUAACGGAGUUUGAAGUCGCAAAAAAAUUUCUCCAUUUUCUGUUUUAUUUAAAAAAUUGUACAUGAAUUAUCAAAGUAUGCGUCUUUGUAAGCCCGAAUCGAUUUAUACAUUAUUCCGUACACGUAAACUUUAACUGCUUUUAUUUAUAUUAAAUACAAACACGAAAGUGCAGUUUUUUUAUAAUUUUUUCUGUCUUUUUUUAAACUAAUUUAUUGUUUAUUAUAUUCCAACGAGAAUCCGAUUUUUUUUGUAAUGUUAGCGGUUCGUAAGAAUAAUACUAUUAGUUGUCCUGUCGCACCUAAUCGCUUACACUGAAGUUUUACCUGAAAUUUAAACGCAACUGUUGUCUGCCUACGAAACUAGUAUUCUUCCUAACCACAAUGCUUCCGAAAUAACUUUUACGGUUUUUGUAACAAGUACAUUUUUUAAAUUAUACUCUUUUAUAUAAACUUUCAUUGUAACAAUUUGAUCUCAUCUUCCAAAAUGAGUCAAGUAUCUUUUUAUACUUUUUUUUCGUCACAGUUGUGUUGAUAUUGUAUUGUCAAUUGCAUGUAAUUCAGGUUUUAUUUCAGCUAAUGUGUAGCGGUUCUAUGCGUCUCAAAAAGUCAUAGAAUCGGAAAGAACAAAGAUGAUAAUUCUUUUGUAUUUAGUUUGUUUAAUAAAAUUCGAAUUAUAGUACAAUCAUUGCGCAUUUCAUUUUUGUUUGCAAUUAUAUCCUCUUAAUUUUUUUACACUCUAAUGACAAGACUAUAUAAAUAAUAUAUUUUUCCACGAUGAAGUCAUUAUUGAAAAUCAAGAUGAACGGUACAAAUUAUGAAUAAAAACUCGUAAUUAAAGCAAAGAGGUAUAGUGAUGAAUCACUAAAAAAAGAAUGAAAGAUAUUUACAUCGGCAUUCGUAAAUUUAAUCAUACUAUGUUCCAUUACUUAUGUAAAUGAGAAAGGUAUCAUUCUAUGUCUAUAGAAAGUAGAACUUAAUUUUGGUAAUCAAUAUAAACUCCUCUUUGUAUGAAACACGUAUCAUCUGCACAAAUGUAAAUGUUCCCGAAAA